AUGAAGAACUCUCUGCUGGCAGCUAUCUUUUUACUUGUUAGAGAUUCCUGCCGCUGCACAGCCCGGGACUCUCCGUUCUGCCGACAGCUGCCAGAUUGGGACAAUGACUUGGUGUGUUACAAAGAAUUAAGUGAGGAUCUAACCUGCACCUGGCUGCCAGUACCUAGUGCUGCAAAUACAGUUAAUUAUACUGUAUACCUAAAAUGGAACAAAAUACGAAAACUUUUUCAGCGAAACACAUCAUCACCUUCCAUCACAAUAGAACGAAAGAAUCUCUACAUUGAGAGAUUUGCAACCAUUUGGAUAGCAGUGAAUUAUGCCAAUGACACCUGUGCAAAAGGAAAGAACAUCUCAGUUUUACCAAGCAAAGCAGGAAAGUGCUUGUCACCAUCUAACAUAAAUGCUUAUCAGAUCACAAACCAAUUGAUAAUAAAGUGGGACCUGCCCACAGCUCAUACACCAUAUGAGCUGAGAUACAGAGAGGCACUCACAGAAUCUGCUCCAUGGACAGUGGUGCCUGUAGGAAGCAAUGUUUCCAAUGUCACCAUUUCAAAUUUAAAUGCUAUGUCUUCAUACAUUGUUCAGCUCAGAUGCAUAACCAAGGAUGGUCUCAACUGUGUUUGCAUUUGGGGCAAGGAGAUUUUGGUCCCUCACAAACUCAUGAACAAGCCAAGAAUAUCACAUAAUGUAACUACACAAGUCUCUCCAGGCAGAAGAAGUGUUCUCCUCACGUGGGAGGUAGCACAAAGUGAGAAUGUCCUUGGCUAUUUUGUUAAUGUGGAAAGAAUACCCAACAGCUGCAGCCAACCACCAAAUCACAUCUCUCUCAAAGACAGAAAAAUUCUUGUUAAUCUCUCCAUGGCUUACUAUAGACUUAAUAUUUCUGCCUAUAAUGAAGCAGGAGAAUCUCCACGAGCUAUCUACAUUGUCCCAGAAUUCCCUGUAACAGACUUGCCUGGUCAAAUACAUGUCAAAAGCCAGGGAACAAAUGCAGUUGUCACAUGGACUCCAGAAUACAAACCAAAAUGUUUUGUGGUUGACUGGGGCACUAGUAAAGAGAAUAUGCACAUGAAAAUAAUAACUACGGCUACUGGAAAUUUCACAUUAGACAAUUUUCAGCCAUAUAAGUUGUACAAAAUAAUGGUACAUGCAUCUGAUGUGUGUCAGUGUGAAAGUUUCAUAAGACAUGAAAAGACUUUUGGAGUGACUCACUUUUACUUCGUUGAAGGAGUUCCUAGGACUGGUCCCACUAAUGUGACAAUUCUGAAUAUCACAAAGCAUUCUGCACUUGUGAAGUGGACUGAAAUACCUGCAGAAGACCGUUUGGGCUUUCUCCAGGGAUACAGGAUCAGUUACACAGAUUCAUCAAGGAAAAAGUCUCCAGCUGUUACUCUCAACGCUUCUAUCACAAGUUACCAUCUUACCGGACUGAAGGAAAAGACCACCUAUCGUGUGCAGAUUUCAGGAUUCACUAAUGCUGGAGAAGGACCUCAGACUCUUUCACAGCCUUUCAGCACUCCAAAAUACGAUAAAGGAGAACUUGAAGGUUUUGUGAUUGGUCUUUGUUUCAGCAUGAUACUCAUUCUGGUUUUUGCACCUCUCACUUGUUCCCUGGUGAUUAAAAGGCUGAAAAUAUCAUAUUGGCGCAGUGUACCCACCCCAGGAAACAGCACUGCACUCCAAGAUAUGACUAAUUGGAAACACGUUUCAAGGUCACUGCUUCAGGCCCUGUCAGACAAUGAUACCACCAGCCUUUUUGUCAUAGAGCAUGAAUCAAAGGUUCCUCUGACCCUAGAUCUCUCCACAGAUGGUGGAGAAGACAACAAGCAUGACACCUGCCAGUCAGAAAAACCUAGCAAUAGCAUAGACAUGAGUCCAAGACAUGAAGAAAUCCCUGCAGAAGCAGUGACAAGUGAAGAAGACACCAUUUCCACAGAAGUACCACUCUUGAGUGACUAUGCCAGCAUGGAGUUUAGUCAGAAAGCCCUGAUGGGUCUGGCAGUGAGCACACCUGAAAGAACUGCUCAUCCUCGUCUGAAAAUGGAACUAAGCAGUAAGCCAGCACAAACUGUGCAGAAGGUUUUGUUUGCUUCCCAGGACUACCUCAAACAAAGCCAGGUGGUACUUCUGCCAUCUGGACCAAAUUUCAUGGGACAAGCCAAUUAAACCUGAAGCAUUUUCAUUAUUUUCCUUACUAUAAAAUGAGGCUCCAAAUCUUGUUGUACUUCAGUGGAGCCAUAAGGACCAUAUGGGACAGUGAGCUUGUGACAAUAGUUAUCUCCACUAUAGUAAGUUUCCUGGGUGAAAUAGAUUGAUUGUAUUAUAAGAUUAGCUAUUUCACCACGGUCAUCCAGUGGAAAGUCCACCUUCACACAGGCAAAACUUUUAGGGACUUACAUGAAAAAUCUUUCAGUAAAGUACCUCUUGCUUGAUAUUUUGUUCCAGGGCAUUCAGGAGCCAUUAAAGGCUUCCACUCUAAGCACAAUGUCAUUGUAGAUAUCAGAAAAAUUCUCUACUAACUAUGACUAGCUUCAGAUCUGAUUUUCAGAUCCAGUAAGUUCUUCACAAAAAAAAAUUCCAGCAAAAGUAUCCAGCU